AUGGUGGAUAAUUUAAAAACUAUUUCUGGUGAUGUCGAUAGUAAGGACAAUCGUGAGGUUGAUGUGGAUGUUGCUUUGGACAUAGCAGGUCUCGGAUGGUACAAUAUACGCUACAGUCUGUGCCUGGCAUUGUUUCUUAUAGCUGUAAUUAUUGAACCAGUGGGAUAUGCCUAUAUUCUUCCGUCAGCGAGAUGUGACCUGCAAAUGACAGAGACCCAGCGUGGGUUUAUAGGAUCUAUUCCUUAUAUAGGUAUAGCAAUAACAUCUUUCCCAUGGGGUUACGCAGUGGAUACCAGGGGACGGAAGCGAAUGAUAGUCCUCAGUUCACUAGCAGCUGGGUUUCUGGGUGUACUUUCGGCUUUCAUGCCCGAUUUGAUCUCAUUUACUGCGCUUAAGUUCCUAAUGUCUUUAUGUCUCGCAUGCCCUGCUGCUGUGCCAUAUUCCUUUAUAGGGGAAAUUCUACCAGGAAGGUAUAGAGACGUGACGCUCUCCGUAACAAAUGCUAUGCAAAUAUUUGGAUCUGUGUUAGUACCGCUAUUGGGGUGGGCGAUUCUACCUCAAAACUUCAGUAUCGAUUUUGGUCUAUAUAAUUUCAAACCAUGGCGGCUGCUUACAAUCGUAUACGCACUGCCCUUUAUUAUUGGAGCCCUAUUAAUGUCUUUGGGCCCGGAGAGCCCUAAAUACCUCAUGUCUUGUGGACGGCACGACGAAUCGUUAGAAGUGCUUAGAACGAUGUAUGCCGGAAACAAGAGGAAAUCUCCGGAUGAUUUUCCAGUGAAACGUUUGAAGAUGAUAACAAAUAACGAUGAGGAUAAGCCGACAUUCUUCAAGUCUCUAGUGAUUCAAUCCGCUCCGUUAUUAAAACCGCCCUUCAUAAAAUGGAUGGUUCUAAUUGGUUUUCUGCUCUUCGGUAUUUUUGUUAAUUUGAAUGGACUAUACAUAUGGCUCCCGGACGUGUUAAAUACUGUUUUAACUGGGGGAGGACAAAGUCAAACGGCAUGUGAGGUGUUAGCUCAGAAACGAAAUCAGACUGUAGUUGGUGGCGUAUGCGUCGAUACAAUAGAUCCAAUGACAUUUAUUAUUAACGCCUCAUCCAGCUUGGCUUGCGCUGUCAUAGCCGUGGGCGUAAGCAGUACAGUGAAGAUAAUCGGAAAGAAAAACCUCUUGAUAGCGGUGUUCAUACUUUUAGGGAGUGUAUGCUUGGGAAUCAAUUUUGCGACACAAAAAAUUCUAUUCGCUGUGCUUGUGUCGUCUUUCCCAAUAUUGGGCUUGUCAAUCGGGCCGGUGAACGCAUUCGCCGUGGAGAUUUUCCCAACGAAACUGAGGGGAAUGGCUGUCAGUUUAGCGAUGAUGGUAGGUCGAUUCGGAUCUGUCGUAGGCAUGAACGUAGCUGGAACUCUUAUCAACUCUGCUUGCGAAGUAACAUUCUACAGUUAUGGAGGACUGCUCUACUUGUGCGCGCUACUUACCUUACUCCUACCAAGACAAAAAGCACCAAGUGUAGAAGAAAAGGAAUCUGACUACGUAUCUACGAAAUUAUAA